AUGGCUGUAAAAGUAGAUACAGGAGAAGUGGAAUUGCGAGUCGUAUCUGCUUAUGCGCCACAGAUGGGCUGUAGUGAAGAAGAGAAGGCGUGCUUUUGGGAAGAUCUGGAGCAAUACGUCCAAUCCCUGGAAGGCGAAGAAGUACUUCUAAUUGGAGGAGACUUCAACGGACAUGUCGGUUCUCUUAAAGACGGAUUCGACAGUUGUCAUGGCGGAUACGGUUUUGGAGCUCGCAACGACGACGGGUUGUGA